CACAGCACACGGAUCAGGCGGGUGCGCACGACGUCAACAAACACGUGACGCGCGCGGCACCUGGAUGGGCCAUAUCGCCAGCACAGUGCACGGCGUCGGCAGAUCGACACAGCAGCGACGCACUCGCCAACUCGCGUCACGAGCGAACAAGACGCCGGGCAAGCACAGGCCCUCGCACGGCUCGCAUGGCUUGCCGGGAAGAGCCAGCCUAGUCGCGGCAGCGGCGAUGGAGCAGCCCGCUGCUAUGUCGUUCCUCGGUCUUCUCGGCUGGCUCUGCCUCACCACCCUCGCAGCCGUUGCGCUCUAUCAGGCCGGCCGCAGCGUGAACCGCCUGCUAUCGAGGAGGCAGCCAAAGGCCUCUCGGUCGCCGAGCCUGCCACCGGAGGUUGCCGCCGCAAAGCUUAGACCCGUUCGCGAGGGGGACGAUACGCUGUGAAAGGGAGGCCCAUGGUGUCGAUGGCAUAGGGGCCGUCACCGCGCGGCGGGUGGAGCGCACGCUGUGCGGCGCGUUGGCUGCCGGGCGUGUGCAGCGAGUACACGGCGUGGUCGCGCAGCACACGCAUCAUGUGUAGUACGUAUAUAUGUAUCGAAGGCGAAACACAAGGGACUGGCGCGCACAAAUCCCUCCCUGUGUCCUGUGUGGUGGCGGCGCAUCCCUCUGCUUGGACCGCGCACUAAGAGGAUGGAGCACUUCAUGUAAGUGUGUUUUCUUUCUUUCUUUCUGGCGCGCACUGGAC